GGAUUAUUAUGGUGGUGGGCCAGUCGUGUGAAUUUAUGGAUGGGCGGCAACCCUGAGGUGGAGCACAUCUCCAAAUGGGAUACGUACAUCUUGUAGGCUCCUCGGAUCCCUGACUCCCCAGAAAUUUAUCCCUCAGCUCCAUCCCUCGCUCUGAAGAUGUUCCUUCCAGCUUGUCUCCCAAAGCUUCUUCCUCUUGGGAGGUUCCACCUCACACCAGUGGCCUGGCAGUUUCUCUUCCGUUUGCCGUUCAGCCACUUAGAGUUUGAGCUGCUUCUGCCAAUGGCCUGAGACUGUGCCAGAGCUGGGGAGAAAGGCAGAGGAUGUGAAAGAUGAGCUCGGAUCAGCGGAAGAGAAGGAAAGGGGGUAAAUAAAGGGAAAAAAAGAAAAAAGAGAAAAAGAAUGGAGAUUGGGGAGAGCCGGAAAUAACCUUGGAGCAGAAAAGGGGGAAGGAGGAUGGGCAAGAUGGAGAAGAGGAGGGGAAGAGAUUGAGUCGAGAGUAGCACGGAAGAGAGCUGACCGUUCCGCCAGAGACCUCAGGCCGGCUAAACCAGAAGCCGGAGAAGCUCCUUUGGUGAAUGAAUUUUAGUUGGUGCUGAUGGCACCCGACUGCAAGCAGCCAAGACUGCAGGCUCGCCCGUCGGUAGAAGGAAUGAGUAGCAGGCUCUGAGGGGGCCGUGGUCGGGAGGUAGGAGUGUGAGGGCCAACGACAGAGCUGAGGGAACGAUGGAAAAGGAAGGGUGUGGCGAGGGAUCUUGGAGGAGGAAAAGCAGUCCCACUUGGCCUCGGGGAGCCCCUCCCCACGUAGCAGCCCAGCCGGUUCCUGCUUCCAUGAUAACGGGUGUGGGGCAAGCUGAGGUGUUGGUUGUGUGCCCUCCCCUUGUGUGGGCAGCAAGGGUUGUCUCCCUCUCUGGCUCCCCUGUAGCUCAGAUGCUGCAGGUUCUCUUCCGGAACAGCUGCUCUGGAUCUCUGCUCCUCUACCUGAUCCACGUCUCCCUAUUCCCCGGCAGCUGCCAUGCCAACCUUCAUCGGGCAUCUCCUCCCAGGGACAAUCUUCCUCCUCUUUGGACUUUACUAUGCCAAGUUGGUGUCCCUGGCCUUAUUGCGGGGCCAGAAGCUUCUAUUUCUCCCCUUCCCACCUCGAAGUCAGGGGAGCUGGCUGCAACGGUUGCCCGCCGAGGGUGCGCUGAAGGUGAUCGGCUGCACGACCGGCAUCCUAGGAGAAUUCUUCUACCCACCGGGGGCCAACCGUCUGGCCCUCCUGAACUGGGAUGACCCCGCCAGGCCGUUUCUCUACCACAACUCGUGGCAGCACGUCACCAUGUACGGCUUCUUCUUGGCCAGCGGCCUAGUGGACCUGGUGAGCCAGACCUGGUUGGCCCGGAGGCGGCUGAGGCUGGAGCAGGCGGUCUUGACCCUGGCCUUCCACGUGCUGCUCCUGUUGCUGCUCUCCCACUCGCAGGGCAAGAACGUGCUAGAGACCCGGGUGCACACCUUGCUGCUGCUGCCCGUCUUCCUGUUGGCCCUGGUGCUGACCAUCGAGCAGUGGGCCCCCGACCAGCCCCAGCUCUGGGUAGCCAAGACCUGGAUGCUGCUGGUGCUGGGCUCGUGGAUGCUGCAGAUCGGCGUGGUGAUGUAUUACCCUCCCACCGGCCGCCCCUGGCACGGGGAGAACCCCGCGGACCUCAUGUUCCUCACCACCUUUUUCUGCUGGCACCUGGCGCUGGACGCUGCCCUCCUGGCUGCCGUUUAUGGGCUGUCCAUCCUGUGGCACCGCCGCUACGCAACUUGGACGGCGGGGAGAGGGGAUGGGUAUCAGGUGUGCCCCGUGGGAGCCUCCAGCGAAGAGCUGCAGAAGCUCAAGGGGGAGACCUGUCAGCCAGAUGGUGGGGUUUAGCCCAUCGGAGUGUAUCUUUGACUUUGCCUUAUCGCCUCUUCCCGCGUAUUUAUUGAACACUCACUCAAUAGUGCAUUGCAUUGUACUCGAAGCUCUGGAGACUCCUCUCCCCGCUAGAUGCCACGGAUUCCUUGUCCUCAAAUAAA